GGGGAAACUGGUAGAGGUGGACGGCGACGUUUUUCAGGCCGUCGCGACGCCUGUAGCUACUAGGACAGCGUCAACCUCUGACCGCCUUCAGGCACAGGUAUCCCUUGUUUCUUGUUCUUGUGAGGAGAGAGUUAACCAACAGCCGCCGCCAUGGACGCGAUCAAGAAGAAGAUGCAAGCGAUGAAGCUUGAGAAGGACAAUGCGGCGGACAAAGCCGACGCGAUGGAAGGUCAGUUCAAGGACGCCAGCGCACGCGUCGAGAAGAUCAACGAGGAGGUGCGCGAUCUGCAGAAGAAGCUCUCCCAGGUAGAGAACGACCUCAUCAACAACAAGGAGGCCCUCGAGAACGCCAACAAGGAUCUGGAGAACAAGGAAAAACAACUCACCCAGGCUGAAGCUGAAGUAGCCGCCCUGAACCGUAAAGUACAACUGAUUGAAGAGGAUUUGGAGCGCUCUGAGGAACGUUUGGCCACAGCUACCACCAAACUCGCUGAAGCUUCCCAAGCCGCUGACGAGAGCUCACGUAUGUGCAAGGUAUUGGAGAAUCGUGCUCAACAAGAUGAAGAACGUAUGGACCAACUCACUAACCAAUUGAAGGAGGCUCGUCUCUUAGCUGAAGAUGCCGACAACAAAUCCGAUGAAGUGUCCCGCAAGCUGGCCUUCGUUGAAGAUGAGCUCGAAGUAGCUGAAGAUCGUGUCAAGGGUGGUGAUGCCAAGAUCAUGGAACUUGAAGAAGAAUUGAAGGUCGUAGGAAACUCCCUCAAAUCUUUGGAAGUAUCCGAGGAAAAGGCUAACCAGAGGGUCGAGGAGUUCAAGAAACAGUUGAAGAGUCUCACCGUCAAGCUAAAGGAAGCUGAAGCCCGUGCUGAAUUUGCUGAAAAGACCGUUAAGAAGUUGCAGAAGGAAGUCGACAGACUAGAAGACGAGCUUGGCAUCAACAAGGACAGGUACAAGUCCCUCGCCGACGAGAUGGACUCCACCUUCGCCGAAUUGGCCGGUUACUAACCGCUCACCAUCUUCCAAAGGGAUAUAUUCCGGGUCGAGAUCAUCCCAGUCCGGAUAAGCCAAAGUUUUGUUUUAUAAAUUGUAUAUUGUAUUUCUGAUGUAUCUAUUUGUAUUUAUAACACACCCAAGUUGUCUGUCGGUGAGAACAAAAAACCAUGGAGAAGUGCCACUAAUAGUUAAGGUUAACUAGAAGUGUAAAUUGUUAAUUUAAGUGCCCCUUAGCCACUCAGUUAUGUUCGCGUUUAGAAGCCAUGGAUAUAUUAAUUUAUUAAAUAAAAACAAUUAUUAAAUUUU